CAAUGCUGAGUGACAAUAACUCUGUGAAGCUGAAAAGUAAUCAUUCACCUCCUGUGCAAUGGUGUAAGGUGGCUGCACAUAAAGAUGAGAAGACCAAGCUGGUUUUUAAAAGAAUUCUUCCACUGUUUGUGGUUGGAGGGUGCUUCCUUUAUAUCCUCAAAUUGCAUUUUGGGCCUGAGGAAUGUGACAGAACAAAAAUGCCAUAUGUGGACCUCGAUCGUGUAAGGAAGGCACAGGAAUUUGCCCGUGCUGUGCUGCAGGAGCAGUGCCGACCUUCCCAUGCAAAGAAGGGGAUGGGGAAGUUGUUUGCAGAGAAAUACAGCAUGGACAUAUCUCCCUUUGUAAGGAAAAACAUCAAUGAAGAUGAAGCUUUAUUUAAAUAUGAACCUCCAUUUGGAUUUCACAAGUUGUUUGAUAAACUAAAAGAUCUCCUUGAACUCUUACCUGAGCAUGAUUUACCAGAAGAUUUGAAGUCAAAGAGCUGUAAGCGUUGUGUUGUUGUUGGCAGUGGUGGAAUUCUUCACGGAUCAGAGCUGGGGUACUUACUGAAUCAGUUUGAUAUUGUUAUAAGGUUAAAUGAUGCACCAGUUCAAGGCUACACAGAUCAUGUUGGUAACAAAACAACAAUACGGAUGACUUACCCUGAAGGAGCUCCUCUCUCUGAACACGAGUAUCCUCCUGCAAGCUUGUUUGUGGCUGUUCUGUUUAAAAGAGUUGAUUUAAACUGGCUUCAAGCCAUGGUAAAAAAUGAAACUUUGCCUCUCUGGGUGCGACUCUUCUUUUGGAAGGAGGUUGCUGAGAAAAUUCCUUUCACAUCGAAGCAGUUUCGGAUUCUGAAUCCAGUCAUUAUCAAAGAGACAGCUUUGGACAUUUUGCAGUUCCCUGAGCCGCGAUCAAAAUUCUGGGGUUGGGAUAAGAAUGUACCUACAAUUGGGGUCACAGCAGUUGUUCUGGCCACACACUUAUGUGAUGAAGUGAGCUUAGCAGGAUUUGGAUAUGACCUGGAUCAGCCCAGCACACCUUUGCACUAUUACAACAACCUCUGCAUGGCUGCCAUGAAAGAACAAACUAUGCACAAUGUGACAAGUGAAACAAAAUUCCUGCAAAAACUGAUCAAAGAAAAAGUUGUCAAAGACCUCACUGGAGGGAUACACUGUGAAUUCUGCAGCAAAGACAGCUAGUGACCGACUUGCAGCAUGGAUAGGAUUUGUUACAUUUCCAGAGAUUCAGCUGGAUCAACCCUUUCCCUCUCUUUAGUUUUAAAGUGUACAUGAAAUGGAUGUGGAAGCCCUGCUGCAUAUUUUAAUGCUGUGUUCAAGUUGUUGGACUUCUAAAUUGACUUCCCUGUCAGUUUUUACUUUGCACAUUUCUGUGAAUAGCUGUGUAAAUAUGACUCAGAGUUGAAAGAUGUCCCUUUAAAAUACUUAAUGUAUGAAGUUUUCUGAAUAAAGGCAGGGUUUUUGUUUUCAAAUGUAUAUGGAAUGCACAUGGCUGGCCUGAAUUGUCUAACAGUGCACAGGAGUUACUUUCCCCUGAUCUGCUGUCACAGUUGAUCCAGUUCUUGGUAUCUUGACUCCUUUUCAUGCAUGCCAUGAAAAGAAAGGCAUAUGCUUCUCAAGUCUUUAAUGUCUUGAACCUGAGCAUUGCAUUUACUCCUCAAAUAUUUAUAUUCUUUCCCUAACACAUUUUUUGGAGGGUGAAGGACAAACGUAGGAGUGGCGUUGAAGGAAAAAGAAUUGUUGUAGCAGCAACUGAGUAGUAAGUACUUUGAUGUUCAUGAUUGAUAUUAAAAACAUUGUUGUAUUAAUAUUUUGGAUUAGAAUCCUGCUUUGUGAAGUACAAUUGGUCACUCUAGAAGAGGACUUAGCCGGGAGGAGGCUUUAACCCAAACCAGGUCAUUUGUUAUUUCCAUUCCUGAAGACCUGCCUAAAUGUUUCAAACCAGAUGAUUUGCAGCAAAGUUCAGCUACCCAAAUUAAAGAAGUGGCAUUAAUACAAAAUCUGCCCCUUUUAAAAAUAUUUUUGAGUGACUUUAGAAUUGCUGGCUCUAUAAAACAGAGUUUGUAUCAGCAAUGCUAAAAUCUAUGAAUAGGCUACAGUUUCCACUGGUUAAUUUUAUGUUCCUUAAGUUAUUAUUUAUAGUUAUCAUCUCCUUAAUAGUUUGCAAUGCUGAUAAACCCUUGUGAAGUCCAGUAUUGACUGUUUAAUUGUAGAGGUAGAGUUGUUGUUUUUCCCCUGAGUCAGUAAUUGGGUGAGUGUAUAAGUUAAGAAGAAAAUCACUUUAAGAAAGUAGCAUCAUCUAGUAACAAGGCAAAUAACUACUGAAAACAGCAAAUUUAAAAAGAGCAAAAAGAGAAAAGAAAGCUAUAGAUGUAUGUUCUUGGGGAUGGAAAUCAGUGCACUGCAAAGGCAGUGGGCUGUCAAGAUCUGUAAG